AUGGCGGAUGACAUAGUUUCUAGGGUUUCAAACCUAAAAAUAACUGCAGAUGAAGACACCAUGGUGGAGUUUCUUGAAAACCCUAAUUCUGAAACCGACGAUUUCGAGUUGACGUUGGUAGGGAAAAUGCUUACGGUUCGAACAUAUAAUUUCGAUCCAAUGAAGAAAACGCUUAACCAAAUCUGGGCUAUAUCUCGAGGAGCGUUAUUUCGAUCAAUAGAAAAUGGAUUAUUUGUGGUGAGAUUUGCGUCAAAGAGGGAUAAAGACAAGGUCAUGGCAGGGAGGCCAUGGACCUUUGAUCAAAAUCUGGUCAUGCUACAGGAGAUAGAAGACGAUAUUCAACCUUCGGAGAUUGUGCUGAAGCGGUGUCCAUUUUGGGUUCGACUGUACAAUCUCCCCAUGCGAAGUCGAUCCGAGAGCCACAUUCGAAUGAUUGGAGGGAGUAUUGGGCAAGUAUUAGAAAUCGACAUGGACGACAUUGGCUGGGAUAAGUCGGCGCGUCUUAGAAUACUUCUUGAUGUUACAAAACCUCUUAAACGAGUCCAGAGAAUAGCGGUGAAAAGCGGGGGGUCGGUGUUGGUGGAAAUAAAGUAUGAACGACUACCCACAUUUUGUUACUUGUGUGGCGUAAUCGGUCAUAUCGAAAGGGACUGUCUAUCAAAUGUAGCAGAAGAUAAAGAGGUUGAGAAACAAUGGGGCUCAUGGAUUAGGGCCUCGCCAAGAAAAGGGAGACUGAAGAUUGAAGAGGAAGCAAAAGAAUUCUUGAAGGGGGCUAGGAGUCUUACUUUCGAGAAGGCUAGACCGGAGAUGCAGGAGCGGUGCACCUCUCUUAAUGAUGGCGGUAUGGCUGCGGCACGGCGUAACUGCCGUGAAGGGGAUGCGGUGUGGGUUCGAGCAGCCCCUGCAGUUGGGGAGGGAGGUCAAAAGGAGACCCCAUGCACGCAGGAAUUACAUGGUUUAGGUGAGAAUAUUCUAUCUCCUCCUCUAUUUGUAGCUGGGAAUGGUGGUACUGCCACUAAGUUUAAAAAAGUCAAAGUGAAACAAAAAGUGAAAAAACAUGAGUUAAUUGUACCUGGGGACCCACUAAAUCUUUUAAUUCAUGAUAAUGGGGUGGGAGAAAAAAGAAAAGUUUUGGAUGUCAUGUUUAUUGAUGGGGUCGAGGAACAGUGUGAUUUGGGUGCAAAGAAGUUGAAAAUUAAUGAUCCUAUAUACAGUGGCAGUGAUGUUAACAUUGUCGAGGCGGAGGUUACUAAAGAGAUUGUGGAAAAAACAAAAGAUCGUCUUGGUUUUUCUAGUUCAGUUGGUAUUUCGAGUAUUGGAAGGUCAGGAGGUUUGUGUUUAUUCUGGAAGGAUGAAAAGGUUUCUCUAACUCUCGUUUCAUUUUCUCAUAAUCAUAUGUGUGGUGAUGUUGUGGAUAAUAGGGGUUUGCAGUGGCGAUUUGUGGGAAUUUAUGGGUGGCCAGAAGAGGAAAAUAAGCAUAAAACUUGGAAUUUGAUUAGAUCGCUUUGUGAUGAGUAUGAGGGUCCCAUUAUGUUCGGUGGCGAUUUCAAUGAGAUUUUGAGUUACAAUGAGAAGGAAGGAGGAGCGAAUAGGGAGAGGAGGAGUAUGGUUGGCUUUCGGAAUGCGUUGGAUGAGUGUAGGUUGGGGGAGUUGCGUUUUACUGGGCAAUGGUAUACAUGGGAGAGGGGCAAUAGCCCAGAGACACGCAUUAGAGAACGGCUUGAUCGGGUGGUAGUUAAUGAGGAGUGGCGUAACAUUUACCCUGGAGCUCAUGUGGAGCAUCUGGUUCGAUAUAGCUCGGACCACGCAGCCAUUUUAAUGAAGAGUGCAAUGAGGGAGGGGCCUAGAAAACCGAGUGGGAGAGGAUUCAAGUUUGAAACGUGUUGGCUUCUUGAUGAAGGGUGCGAAGAGGUGGUGAGAGGGGCAUGGAACGCCACGGAUGGGGCGGUGAUUCAGGACCGUUUGAGGGAGGUAGCAAGGAGUCUUCAGGGGUGGAGCAAGGUGGGGUUUGGAGAUUUGAAGAAAAAGAUAGAAAAAGUGGAGAAACGGCUCCAUGAGGCUCAGCAGGAACCUAUCAGUGCUGCUUCUUGUGCGAAAUGUGCGGAGAUUGAACUUGAGCUCGAUAAUUUACACGCAAAAAAUGAAGCUUAUUGGUACUUAAGAUCCAGGGUAGCGGAAGUGAAAGAUGGAGAUAGGAACACUUCCUAUUUCCACCACAAAGCGUCUCAGCGAAAGCAAAGAAACUACAUCCAGGGGUUCGUAGUAGUGAGGGAAGUUUUGAAGUUUGUGAGCCCUUCAGUGACGCAGGAAUUUAAUGAUUUUUUGUUGAAGCCUUAUACAAAAGAGGAGAUUUAUUCCGCAUUGAGCCAGAUGCAUCCCUGCAAAGCCCCGGGACCUGAUGGUAUGCAUGCAAUAUUUUAUCAGAGGUUUUGCACAUUAUUGGCGAUGAGUAUCGGAGAACCAGAGUGCCUUUGUUCCAGGGAGAAUGAUUUCAGACAAUUCCCUUAUUGCUCUGGAAAUUUUUCACUCUAUGAAAAAGAGAAAAAUAGCAGGAAAGGCUUGAUGGCAGUGAAGCUUGACAUGAGUAAAGCUUAUGACAGGGUUGAAUGGGGCUUCCUAGAAAACUUCUGUUGA